UUCCAAAAAUACGUGGGCCAACUAAAAACUUCCCUCCACGCCUAUUUGGUUUGUCCCUCCCUUAAAACUACCGACCUUUUGAAUACAAUACAUGUUAUGUUCCUCUCCGGUGUCUAUUAAGUUUGUUAUACGUAUGUCAUCAUGCUCCAAUUAUCUCAAAUUGGCCCUCCGCCACAAACCUCUUUUUAUAAAUAAAUAAAUAAAAAACAAUUUACAAUCUUAGCGAGGCCUCAAGGGGUUCGGCUUCCCGCCAUGGAUUAUGCACGAAAAAUGUUUGUCAAAAUGCCCCUCAAAAGCUUUAGAUACAUACGAUUGAUAUAAUACUUAUCUCUAUCUAACUUCAUACUUUUACCCUGGAUGGGCCACCUCAUCGUCUGCAAUGUAUGUCUUUAACUGCUUAAGUACCGAAUUUAGAAAUAGUAUGGCCCAAGAAAGCAAAUGAGAAUCACCAUCACCCAGGGGGUAAGUUUUUGAGACUUCACUUCUCUAUGCUGCUGUUUGGGUAACAAAGAAGUUAAGAACCAAAGAGGCGGCACGGUACCAAUCUUUGGUAACUCCCUAUACUGGUCCUUUCGCUAGCUGCUAUAUAUGUUCAUCUUCAAGAUUCUAGCGCAGCAGAUUACAGUAUGGUGAAAGUGAAAGCGAACUCGACUGCUUCUACUGCUCAAUAAUCUUAUAUCCUAAGGCCUAUUCUGAAAUAGCAAUGUCAAUCAUCUUACAAGAAGUGACAUUGCCGCCUAUGGAAGUGGGGAGCAGUACUAUACCUACACCGUAUAGUAAUUUUACAAAUGAACCCCGUGAUGAAUUGGACCUUAGUUACUACCUACCUUUGCACCAGGCUGUGAAAAAUGGCAAUUGGGAAACUGCUAAAAGAUUCAAUGAGUCUGAUCCGAAUGCAUUGACUGCAGUUAUCUCGCUCCACAAAAUGACUGCACUUCACGUUGCAUCUUGCAGUGGACGCUGGCAGUUCGUUGAGAAGCUGGUGAAACUCAUGCCAACAGAAGCAAUUGCAAUGCAAGAGAACCGGGGCCGCACAGCUCUUCAUUUUGCCGCCAUAAGUGGAACUAAAAAAGCAGUUAGAACAUUAGUAACAAAAAAUAAUGAUUUGACUCAAAUUGUAGAUGCUCAUGGACAGACUCCACUCUUCAUGGCACCUUCAUUGGCUCCCCCUGAAUUGAAGGACGUGGUAUGGUACCUUUCUUUGGUCACUAGAGAUGAAAAUGAAAAAGCUGAACGGAAACCCUUCUCUGGUCAUUUGGGUGCUGAUCUCAUUUUGAGCAUAACUGCCUCAGGUUACUAUGAUAUUUGCCUACAUCUCAUCCAACGGUACCCUCACCUGGCUACAGCUAGAGAUAAAAAUAAUUCAUCUAUACUCCACAUUCUGUCACAAAAUCCUUCUGCUUUCCCGAGUGGAAGUAGGUUUGGAUUCUGGAAAAGCUGCAUAUACCCACUUCUCCCUGUUCAACUUAACCAUGGGCCACAACAUCCGAUACAAAGUGACAUGGAGAGUCCCUUUGGGAAUUUAAGAGAAUCUGGAAAAGUGCCAACCUCAACACCAUCAGCAACCUUUCUAAGUCAAGCACCAGGCAUCAAGUGUGUCUAUGCUGAAAAAUGGAGACAUAAACAUGUUCUGGAAUUGGUGGAAUGCAUAUGUAGACAAGCGGUAAAAGAUAUGUGUAACACACAAGUCAUUGAUUUCUUUAUAGCCUCUGAAGUCUUGAAUACUGCCACAAGUGUCGGGAUAGUUGAAAUUAUUGAGAGAUGUCUUAAAUUUUUCCCAGACCUAAUUUGGACUCCGGUGAGCCAAAAAGGCCUGAUUAAUGUUGCCGUUGAAUGUCGUCAAGAAAAGAUUGUUAAUUGUCUUUUUGAGAAGUAUCGCUUUUCUGCACCAAUUGUUAUAGACUGCAGUAGCAUUUUGCAUGUAGUUGCAAAGCUGGCACCUUCCAGUCGGCUCAAUUCUGUUUCAGGUUCAGCUUUCCAAAUGCAGAGAGAGUUACACUGGUUUAAGAUGGCGGAAAAUUUGGUUCAUCCGAGCUUUAGGGCAGCAAAGAACUCCAACGGGAAAACUGCUCAGGAAAUUUUUACAGAAGAGCACGCAGACCUGCGUGAGAAGGGAGAGAGAUGGAUGAAGGAUACGUCAAACUCUUGCAUGGUUGUAUCAACUCUCAUUGCUACGGUAGCAUUUGCUGCAGCUUUUACUGUACCCGGAGGCAACAGUGAUAAAGGCUUCCCCAUUUUCCUAAUGAGCAACUCAUUCAUGGUGUUUGUUAUAUCAGAUGCACUCGCUCUCUUCUCCUCCACCAAUUCCAUUCUGAUCUUCUUGUCUAUGUUAACUUCGCGCUACGCAGAAGAAGAUUUCCUUCAUUCAUUGCCCAAAAGACUGAUAAUAGGUCUUGCUUCUUUCUUCUUCUCUAUAGCCACUAUGAUGAUAGCUUUUGGUGCAGCCAUUUCGAUGGUGGUGGGUGAGAGAUUGAGAUGGGGGGUUUCGGUUCCAGUUAUUGCUUGUGUCCCAGUCACUUUAUUUGCAGCGCUGCAGCUUCCCUUGUUUAUCCAAAUGGUGAAGUCCACCUAUGGGCCUGGCAUAUUUCAUAUACAGAAAUUAAUGAUCGAUCGACCUUGAUUAGGCUUGAAAAAUUAAUUCAGUGCUGGUUGGUGGAAAUUAAUAACUGCUUUAGCUAGCUCUGAUUGGGAUCAAUGUGCCUGCCUUGUCAUUGAGAAAGUCCAUUCUUGUUUCUGAUUCUCUCUUAGCCUUCCAUAUUGCUUCUCAUAUAUACUUGACAGCACAUGUUUUAUUGGAGUAAUUGUUUCUGUGUGUCAACACUCAACAAGUCCAUGUAUUGAACUGUAAGAUAGAAUUUUCUUAAUUUAUAUUCAUUGCUUUUCUACUA